AGCCAGAAGCUGUCCAAGCCUGUCUGUCAGCAAUGAGGUACGGUAUGUUAAAACAGAAAUAUAUUUAAAAGCAGGUGGUGGUUUCAUGUCGUCCUGUUUAUGAAUUUGGUCAGUGAUUAGGGUUAGUGUUGUCCCCCCUUUGGUCAGCCUAGGUAUGCCUGUGGUCCCCCCUUUGGUCAGCCUAGGGAUGCCUGAUUGUUUUACUGUGGGUCUGCAGACCACGAUAAUACAAGUUAAACACUCCUUGGUUGGUUCUGUGACCUAAAACUAGCUGAGUCUUACCUGUGGCACAGAAUAAGAAGGUGCAGCAGAAGGGUAACUCAAGCAAGUAUUUGUCCGCGUUUUUACAAGCAAUUCGUCAUCAAUCACGCCAUCCUGGCUAGUACAACCGGCACUUUGUACCUACCAAAACCUGAUAAAAACUUCCGGUUCUACUAGACAGGAUGGCGUGAGCGAGAUAAAAUUUUCGUGGACAUAAAACAAUAAAGGAACCGACUCAAGUUACACUUCUGCUGUGCCUUCUUAUUCUGUGCCUGUGGUCCAUGAUCUGAUGUGUGUGCAGUCAGAGGUGCAUAAUAAACCUUUGUUUGGUCACAUUUUACAGAAGCUGUAUUUUUCCCAGUGGUGUUUAGCAUAACAUUUUUAAAAAGCAACAUUUUAAUGAACUCUAUCUUUCUUCAGGCCCUAUCACACAGUCUUACUGAUGGUUGACGAGAUCUCUUUGUCUGCAUUGUUGCCUGAUGACUGUUCUCCUGAUUUAAUAAGAUUUGUCAAAAUGGCAACGCCUUUGAAAAGGUUUGAAAGAUAUAAGAUUUAUUCCAUUAUUUGUCAACAUGUUGUAAAUGUUGUUACAAAUAUUGCUAAUAUGUUAUAUUGGUAUUGAACAUGUGCUAAAUGUUGCUAACUUGUACUGUAUAACGGUUUUAUUACAGUUUUCAAAUAUUGUCACAAGAUACUGAUAUUCCUCUAUCACUCGUAAGUGGGAACUUAAUUUAUCGUUAAUUCAGAUCUUAUAUAAUGCUGUAUUUUGUAACAAGCUUUCCUGUAUGAUACUCACUAGAUAUUUUCAAUUGCUGCUCAUCUUGUAUACUGGGGAAAAGCAAGAAUUAUUUACCCGCUGUGUGAAAGUAAUGUCUAUGUUGUCUCGCCUGCAGCUUCAAUACAUUGGUAAGUG